AUGCCUCCAAGCAAGUCGACCAAGGCCGCGCCGAGGCCCUCGGCCCUCGGCGAGGUGUCCGGCGCGCUGCACAAGCUCACGUCGUCGUACGAGAGCACGACGCCGGCACGCUUUAAGCUGAUCGAUGCGUUCCUCCUGUUCCUCUUCAUUACCGGCGUCGCGCAGUUUGUGUACUGCGCGCUGCUCUCCAACUACCCGUUCAACUCGUUCAUCGCGGGCUUUGCCUCGACUGUCGGCCAGUUUGUGCUCGCGAUGGCACUGCGUAUCCAGACGAAUCCCGCGAAGGAUGCGGACAAAGGCGAGGCGUCCCAGGGCCGCGCGUUUGCCGACUUUCUCAUUGCCUCGGUCGUGCUGCACUUCUUUGUGAUCAACUUCCUGGGCUGA